AUGGACAAAUUCGAAGUUUCGAUAUAUUCCACUUCGACCACGGAAUCGUACACCGUGUAUCACAUACGGCUACUCCAUGGCGUUAACGUGUAUCGGACCUCCAAACGAUACAGUGACUUUGUCAGACUAAAGUCCGAUCUGGAAGGUCUGAGAGGUCAGGCAAUGCCAUAUCAAUUGCCCCGCAAACAUUAUAUUACGAAAUCAACAGAUCCUGGGCUUAUCGAGGAAAGACGCGUUUCCCUGGAAGAGUUUCUAGGCUUGCUGAUGAAGGAUGAAACCUGGAGAGAUAACGAUGUUAUGCGGUCUUUUCUAGGAUUGCCCAAUUCGGCCUUUCGCCAGGCCUCUGUUGAAAAUGCCGUUGAAAAGGCUGAAAAUUUGAAAGGGGUCUGGAAGAGUGAUGCUGCUGAUGGGCCAAUGAGUCCAAAUGAAUGGUUCGAGAUGUUGCGCGAUUGCAAAUCGUUGUUGCAAGAUUGUCGCUCGAGAAUGUUUUCAGGAUCAACUGUGGAAUGUAGAAAGUCACUCAGUUCCACAAAAUCGCGGUUGGUUAAAUUGCAGGAGGUGAUGAAUGAUCCUCAGGGCUGGGGCAGUCUCGGAGCUGGGGAGCUGAAGAGAAGACAGGAUUUGUUGGUUGAACUGCAAAGAGACUACGAUGAUUUACAGACAUUGUUGACUGAAAUGGCGAGCGAUCACUCUGCAGUGGGAAAGCAUCCUCUGAGCAGUUCCGGUCGUUCUGAGGCGUAUACGCAGUUGUUUCAAGGCAGUAGCCCUGUCUCGAAGAGCAACAGGGUGCUUGGAGGCAAGCCGCAGGAGACGUCAGUUACAAGACAAUUGGAUAAUGGGAGUUUACUUCAGUUCCAGAAGGAUGAGAUACAAAACCAGGAUCAGCAGCUGAACUCGCUGAGAAGCAUCAUACAGAGACAGAGACAGAUUGGGGUGGCCAUCAAUGAGGAGCUGAACGUGCAGAAAGAUAUACUAGAUGCACUGGAUCAGCAGGUUGAUGACAGUACCGCGAAGAUGAAAAGUGCUAGGCAGAAGAUUGGAAAGAUUUUGCAAUAA